CCUCUGCCGUUACCUAAAUUGAAAGGCAACGUGAGAGGAACGCGCAGAAGCUGAGCUCUUUGUGGAGCGAAGGGACUUUGGGCAAGAGGACUUUGCCCAGGGAAGAAGCAGCAGCAGCCGCUGCGCAUCGCCAGCAUUUCUUUUGUUUUUGUUGAUCGUUUAUUUUCCCCCCAUUCUCUUCUCCCCCCCCCCUCCACGCCAACCGUCCUGCCAAACAAAGGAAGCAGGAGAGGAAUUUAUAUCUGCGAGAGAGAUGCGUUCGAUCCGGAAAAGGUGGACUGUCUGCACGAUAAGUAUCCUCCUGAUCUUUUAUAAGACAAAAGAGAUCGCAAGAACUGAGGAGCAUCAGGAGACGAUACCCGCCGGAUAUGGUGAGCUAAGUUUAAGUAGAUCAAUGGUCAAUAGCUCUGAUAAAAUAAACCAGAAGAGUGGAUCUUCAAUAUUCCAGCAUUCUGUGGAAAGAUGGAAAAUAAAUUCCUCCUUGGUACUGGAAAUCAGGAAGAACAUUCUUCGAUUUUUGGAUGCAGAAAGAGAUGUCUCAGUAGUCAAAAGCAGCUUCAAGCCAGGAGAUGUGAUCCACUAUGUGCUAGACAGACGCCGUACACUAAAUAUUUCUCAGGAUUUGCACAGUCUUCUUCCUGAAGUUUCACCAAUGAAGAACCGUCGAUUUAAGACAUGUGCUGUUGUUGGAAAUUCUGGCAUCCUCCUGGACAGUGGGUGUGGAAAAGAGAUUGACAACCAUGAGUUUGUUAUAAGGUGCAAUCUAGCUCCCGUGGUGGAGUUUGCUGCAGAUGUGGGAACUAAAUCAGAUUUUAUUACCAUGAACCCAUCAGUUGUACAAAGAGCAUUUGGAGGCUUUCGGAAUGAGAGUGACAGAGAAAAAUUUGUGCAUAGACUAUCCAUGCUGAAUGACAGUGUCCUUUGGAUCCCUGCUUUCAUGGUCAAAGGCGGAGAGAAGCAUGUGGAGUGGGUUAAUACAUUAAUCCUUAAGAAUAAAUUGAAAGUGCGAACUGCCUAUCCAUCACUGAGACUUAUUCAUGCUGUCAGAGGUUAUUGGCUGACCAACAAAGUUUUCAUCAAGCGACCCAGCACCGGACUCCUCAUGUAUACACUUGCUACGAGGUUCUGUGAUGAAAUCCACCUCUAUGGAUUCUGGCCCUUCCCAAAGGAUAUAAAUGGAAAAUCAGUCAAAUAUCAUUAUUAUGAUGAUCUAAAGUAUCGGUAUUUUUCUAAUGCAAGCCCCCAUAGGAUGCCAUUAGAGUUUAAAACUUUAAAUGUAUUACAUAACAGAGGAGCACUUAAAUUGACAACGGGGAAAUGUGUACAGCAAUAAAGCACAAGUACAUUACAUUGAGAAGUACAGGAUGUGGGCUUCAGCGUACAGAUUUCAUGGAACUGCAGUGGGAUCCAAACAGUGGAUAUUAUAUCCCAGGAUAUUGUACUAAGCCACUGGAGAACAAGGAAGUACAUCAGAACUCAGUUACCAGCUAACAUUUUACCUGUUGAAGUGCUAAAUCUUGAGUGCAAUGGUCCAAGUAAGUGCCACUUUCACUAAGAACAAAGCUUGAAUGUAUAAAACCAGUAGUGUUUACAAGAUCCAAUGAUGCAUUCAUCACCUGUUAAAGAAGCAAAUAGUUCAUUUACUGCUCAUUUUCCACCACAAAGUCAGGCAACAUAUUGAAGAAAUACCUGAGAGGUGGGAUCUGUCCUUGAGGAAAUAGAAGCAUGUGGCCGCAAAAAUCAAGGUGGAAUUGGUGGAGCAGCGGAUAACAUCAACAAGAUCAAGAAAAAUACCUUCAGUCAGGGGACUGCCUGACUUUGUAUUAUAACCUCCCUCCUGCCCUCCCUUCCUUCCCGUUUUUAAAAUUGUCAUUCAUUUUCUAUGGUGUUAAGGGAUUUUGAAUAUAUAAUAUGAACAAUUUAAGAAUAAGAACAAUUUAAGAAUUCAAGAAGUGGUCUUAGAAGAACUUGUUUUUUUAAAAACCCAGUUACUUAAAAACCCAUAUUGUAUCUUAUUGUUCAGCUUAUGCUUGGUGUAUACAUUGCUGCUGAAACUGGUUCCAUGGCUCACUGCUGCUGUGUAGAGCCAAUCCCCAGGUUUUUUUCUUCAGCACUCUCCGGAGGUGCUCUAUGCCAGCAGUAGCCACUGCUAGGCGUGUGCAAUGCCGACACAGGGCAUCUACAGGAGAUGUGGAAAUACCAGCUCUAUGUAUUAUGGCAAAUGCAGGGCAGAAAGUUAACUCUCAGAGACUCUUUGGAGUGCUGUAACAUGUAGACUAGGCUUUAGAAUGUCUGCAUUGAUUUAGGUGGACAUUCUUGGAUACAAGGAACAUGGGAGUGCUCUUGAAAGAUCUGAUAUUCUGAGCCAUUUUUGAAAUCAUGUUCUGUUACAUGGCAAAAUGAGAUGAUAUAGUUAACAAGCAGGUGCCCUUACAUUUGGUACCAAAGAUUAUGCUGAUUUUGUAAUUGAUGUUAAUUUUCCUUCUAAUGGUGAAAACAUGUAAAUUUAGUACUGUGUUGCUGUGCUGCUGAGGAAACUGUUUUCAGUCAUUUUGUUUACUGUAACUUAAUAUCUAGAUUUUGUUUGAAUGACAAAUUCUUUAACUUGAUCUUGCUCUUUUUCUACACACGUAAAUAUUUUGAAAGGGCAAAAGGGAUAUUUUUCAUUUUUUUUAAAUUGCAAACAGAAUAUUUAAUUAAAAGAAGGCAAUUUAAUAAAAAAUGGACACUGGAAACCACAUUGAUAUUUCAGUGCCUAUUCAGUUCUGUUGCUUUAUUGAAUGAUACUGGAAAUUUUUCUUAAUUUACAACAUUUUAAGUUGUAAUUUCUUGAUAGUGCUAGUCAAUAUGUCCAUUUCCCCCCCCCCCGGUCUGUAGUAUUUUGAUAAGCAGGAGAUGAAAAUACAUCUGCUACAGCGUAGGUGAAAACCUGAAACUAUCUGGAGGGUUUCAAUCACACAUCAUGAGCACUUUCAACGAUGCCAGAGAAAUAAAGUAUAAUAUGUUUGUCUCCUCAUCAUCACAGAUUUGUAGCAUCUAAGUAAGUGAGAGGAAAAGCACUGGGAGAAAACAAAUACAGAACAGAUCUUUACAGUGUUUCAUAAAAUGUGGUAUAUAAAGAAUGUCAUGCCAUUUGCUCACAUAAGAAAAAACCUUGGUCAUUCCAGAACGUAUCCUACAGUUGUAGUGCUGUGUAAGAUCCUACAGUUGUAGUGUUGACUGCGGUAUGAGAUCGCUUUUGACUGCUGAGGUUGCAUUUAGGUCACACAGUGCAAGGGUCCAUCAGAAGCUUCUUUAUAUUAAGUCAGAUCGUUGAUGUUUCACAACUCACUAGUUACAGGACCAAAUGAAUCAUUGGUCUUCAUUUGGUGGGUUCUAACCCAUAACUGGGUUAGGAUGUUAAAAUGGUUCCUAGUAGCAGCAACAUGGCCAUAUUUGCUGAUGGAAAAAUGCAGAUGGAUAGAGGGAGAGAAAAGGGGGGAAUGACAAGGAUAUACCUAGACAGAUGCGCAUGUGUGUGUGUAUAUACACACACGCACUUAAAAAUAUGAGACAUUUUUCAAAAAUCAAAAGUGGACCUUGCAAGUUGGAGUUAAAGAGGAAUUUUGGCUUAGAACAGCUUGAAGUAAAUUGAUAGGGCACUACCUAGAAGGAAGGCAAGGCCAAAAAACAAAUUCCAUUCCCUUUCAUACUAAAACUGAAGUCAUCCUAGUCCUGUGGAUGGAUCCACGGCUCAGUGGGAGAACAACUGCUUUGCUUUACAUGCAGAAGGUCCCAGUUUCAAUCCCUGGCAUCUCCAGGUAGGGCUGGGGAACACCUAUCUGAAAUCCUGAAGAGCUGCUGCCAGUCAGUGUGGACAGUACUGAGAUAGAUUGCAUCCUUUCCGCUUCACUCUUCUCUUUUGCAUGGCAGAAGGCCAUUUUACAUGAUAGAAGUGUAACCCAUAUAGGAUUUUUAAAAAACAGCAAGCCCAUUGUUCAUAUAUUAAUGAAAUCAAUAUAUUGGAUGAAAAAUGACAAUGCCCCCCAUUGAACUAUGCAGGGCAAAAAAGUGCUCAUGGAGUUUUAUAAUAUAAGUUGUGAACUUGUGAGAAAAGCACAGUUCCCUUUCCCAAGGUCAUUUACUUCAUAAAUCUUUGAUGCUUACUACCAAGUAUGUUUAAGGUACCAUCACUGAAAGCAGCUUAAGUAUUGUGUGAGACUAUUGUGUUCAAUACUGAUCGUGUUUAUAUAGCUGUGAUUCUUUUUAAAAAAAACAUGUGAAGUCCACCCCAGUCUAGGACAAACUUCUGUUUGUUUCCGUGAGGCAUGUGCAAAAGUUUUUAAAAUAUGUGACAUCUGCCAAAUUCACAAAGUCCAACAUAGGAGUGUGCAGGAUGUCAGUAAUGGAGGAUGAGUUAUCACUGAGUUUUUAAAAUUGUAUAUAAUACAGACCCCCUUAUGCUAGCUUAACCAUUCCACUGCUGAGCAGUAUGGGUUACCUCUGAUUUAUUUGGUUGCUUAGAAAUUUCAUUAAAUGCUUAUUAUAUUCUACAUUUUGGGGUUUUUUUUUACUUUGAAAAUUUCCAUUGUCCCCAAAUACAGAGCUGUAGAGCAACCAUUUGGUCAAGUCUUGCAUGCCAGCCAAUUCAAACUAGGCGAAUACCAGAUGGUGUUGGACUAGCCUCAUGAGGGAAAGUACAUAAAUGUGAUGUCAAAGGGCUGGACAAUAUAGAGAGUCUACUGUGCUUUUUGCAGCAUCAGUCAUGAAAUGGGGGUGCAAAUACACCCCAAUGGCACUCCCCAUGCAUGCCUAUUUGUUUUAGUGAGGCAUGUUUAAGCGUGUCCAGUUGAUGGCAUUUAAUACUUCUUCCAUGAUCCCCUCACUAAGAAUAAUUGAUUGUUCUCACAAUUGGCAUUUGUGCUUGUAGUCAUACGGAAGCUUACUUAUUUCAAACAGCAACAGUCUAGGUGUUUGAUUAGAAAUAAUGCUAUAGGCUAUAGUUAUAUUUUUGGUCCAUAAGGUGAAAAUUUAAAAGGGAAUUUGUGUAGGCUGCUUGAUACUCAUUUUAAAAACAAAUGUGCAGGCAUACUUGGUUUCAUUACACACAGUAAUUUUAGAGCUGCCUAACCAGAAUGACUGUCUCUAAAGAGAUACUCUUAUAGACACCCACUUUAGUGAAGUCAACACUAGUGCCUUUAUCAUCAUAUUGCAUAAGGUUAUUUUUCUAUUUGAUAUUUAAUCUUCCUUUAUCCAGGCUAUUUCCACAUAUCAUGAAAGGGCUAAAAUACUGAUUGCCACUGCUUUUAACGUUUUCCUUCCCGGGGAAACGUCAAUUUCCCAAUAUAGGUUUAACAGGAAAAGUUAUUGUUCAAAAUGGAUGCAAGCUUCUUAUAUCAUAUUACAUUAAAAAGCAAGAUUUUCUUUUAAUAGAAUAAGGAUGCAAUCGUAUGUAUUUGGGAAUAAUCCUGUUUUUCAGGCCUUUCAGAUAGUUCACUGAUAAUCAGAUAGUGCCCUGUAAAUCAUGAUGUCACCACGGAAUUUGAUCUGCCAUCUUGAAUUGCUCUCUUGAAUUUAUUUCUUUUCCUUUUCCUUUUGGUGUUCAGUCAAAUCCAAGAUGGUAGUACUCAGCUUUUGUAGAUUAUCAGCUAGAUCAGUGUUUCUCAACCACCGGUCCCUGGACCGCUGCCGGUCCCCGAAGGGUUGAGUGCCGGUCCCUGACUGGGAGUCAAACCCCCCCCCCAACUGAAAUCAAGGCACUCACUUCCUCAAUUUUGCACAUGGCACGGAAGAGGAAGAGUAUCACGGAGGCAUGGGACCCUUCUUGUGCCUUGCCUCCACGUGCUGCUGAGAUCUUCCUACAGCUAUCUUAUUCCCUAUCUUUACAGCUUCAAACUGUAUGCGGUGCGGGGGCAUGGAGGAAAAAGUAUGGCAGUGGGCGCCACUUGAAGGGCUGCUGGUUCUUGCAUGCUCAUUGUUUGCAGCCAAAGGUUGGUUGGUUGAAACCGAGCUGCCUGUUGUGGUUGAGGCACCUUGAGAGGGAACGCUGUUUCCCUCUUGCAUCAGUGGGGCUUGCUUGUAUGUUGUUUUCAUUGGCCCCAUGCAGCUUUUGAAUUUUUCUAAUGGCCCAACAUCCCCUCUCCAUUGAGUAAUCACAAGCACCUCCACUCCAGACAUACUGGAGACAAAUUUGUUCACCCAGGCUUUUAGAUUCAGGGGUUCUCAACCUUGGGUACCCAGACGUUGGUGGACUUCUACUCCCAUAAUCCCCAGCCAUAAUGGCCAAAUGCCAUUGUUGUUGGGGGUUAUGGGAGUUUAACUGAGGGACCCAAGGUUAAGAACCCCUAAUAUUCCAUGUUUGCAAAAGAUUCCAAAUUUAAUUAUUUUAAUGCUUAUAUUAUUUUCAUUCUAAACUGCCCAGAGAUGCAAGUUUUGGGCAGUACAGAAGUCUGAUAGAUAGAUAGAUAGACAGACUUGAAACCCCUUUACUAACUGCUGGUCCGGGAAACUGUGCAUGAAGAAUGUAGCGGUCCUUGAAACUCUGCACGAAGAAUUUAGCGGUCCUUGACUCCAAAAAGUUUGAGAAACACUGAGCUAGAUAAGGUACACAUCCGGCGGUUUUCCUUAUGUGGCAGCACUCCUGCAUUUCAGCAGUAAGAAAUCUAUGAUUACCAACCUGGUAUAUCCUGUAUCAUUGUCUAAGCUUCUAAUACAUUUCUCUUCACUAUGUCCAGUGAAAACACAAGUUCUAUCAUAUGAACUAUUGUAUUAUAUUGCUUGUUGAGAGAAAAAGGCCAAAGACACCAUGCAAUAAGGUUGCAGUCAGUGGGACUUGUACUCAUCACAGUCUUGUAAGUAACAUCUGUUCAGAUGUAGGUAAAGAAUGAAUGCUUUAUACUAUUAUAAUUCCUUUUCAUACUCCCACUGCUACCAUGAAGAACUGCAGUUGCCUUUUCAUCAUUAUGGCCUAUCACAUUUCCAGUAUCUGUUCAGUGGGCAAAAUCCAAUCUAAUGCAAAACCAUAGGAACAGUCUGUUUAGAGAAUGUGAAUUAGGGAAUUUGUUUUCAUUCAGAUAAUUUUCUGGUGAGUGUUUGUAAUUCACAAAGUAGUGUUUUAUAAUUUGUGGGGACAGGUUUUUUGUUAGAAGCUCUGGAGUUCGUUGUAUUAAUGAAGAUAAAUAUAUAUAUUUGUUUUUUCUCCUUGGAUGAUUUCCCCUUACUCUCUUCUUAAAAUGUGACUACUCAAUAUUUCAAGUGGUUUUAGCCAAUUUGGGUAGCUCUGUCUUGCAAAACAAGAAUUUACACACACGCACACACACAAUAUUGAUUUACGCUAGAACAAAUGCAUUUGCCAGCUAGUUUUGAGUUUGCAGAUAAAGAGACAUGCACAUGUUCAACAUUUUCUCCAAAGCAAAAACGACAAUUUCAAUUAGUCUGCUUUGUGGCAGUUUUCAAGACCAUUUAUUGACUUCACUGGACAUGGAAGGUGUGCUGCCUCUUAGGAUCUUCAAGGCUUCAGCUGCCAUCGAGUGACGUGACAUCCCUGCAGACCAGUAUUAGUCGGCUUCACAUGCUCUUGAGUUUUUCAUUGAAUGUCCCUUUCAGCAUCUCAUCGCUGAACACCUAAUACAUUUUCGUAAAUCAGAUGAGUAUGGGGGAAGUGGUGGGGCUUCUGAUUUGGAACACAACCUCAUAACUCCAUCUGCAUUCCAAACGUAGCUUUGUGUGUCAUCUUAUGGAAGGAAAUAUACAUACAGUGCUGCAUGUGUGUUUCCUUUCCUGGGGCUCAGCAGUGUCAGCUCCCAAAAUGAAACUUUUCAGCCCCAGAAGACAGCACACAGUGAAGCUAUUCACAGGCGUGUGCAAAACCGGAAGGAAGCCCAGCCCAGUUUUGCACAUGAACAUGUACUGUUGGGAUUGGGCCCGAUUCUGGCAGCACUAUAGUAGCAAACCCACCUACGGAGCCUCUAUAAAACAAGGUUAGAAGAGCGAGCGCUCACCUAGCUCCGUUAUUUCGAUUGUGCCAGCCAUGGCUGCUUGCGUAGUGCAUUAUGGGAGCUGGGGGGGGGAAUGCAGAGCGAGCCCUUGGAGCAACCAGCAGCAGCCAGUAAUUGUCUGGGAGGGUGAUCCACCCACCCAGAGGGAAGGACCUGCUUGGCGGGGAAGUGAGCUUUUUAAGGCUUCCUCCCCACUAACCCUCUUGCCAUUUCUCUCUGGUUGUGAGAAAGGGCUCAGUAUCUAUUUGCAUAUGUAUUUUCCUUGUUGGACUAAGAGUGGUCCAUAUAUAUCUGGAUUGUGGUAUAAUGCUGUAAACUUUCUUUCUUUCUUUCUUUCUUUCUUUCUUUCUUUCUUUCUUUCUUUCUUUCUUUCUUUCUUUCUUUCUUUCUUCCUAGAAGAGCACUGUUGUCCUGAAUAGGCAAAAGCACAAUUCUUUUAACUGUAUAUACUCGAAGGAGCAAGUUUCCUGACCAGUACUACUGCUUUUGAGCAUAUCCAGGUCCCAUUUGUGUGCACUGUUGAGAUGUAUUCUGUCAGGAUCAUCUUGUCCGAUACUGUUUUAUUAUUUUAUGUAUAGAACUUGACAUUUAAUUGCUUUGUUACUUGUAAAACCUGUAAAAUAAAUUAAACUUUUUUUCAGUA